UGUGAAUAUUUGUAUGCAUGACAUAUAUGUAAUUUAUUAUUAUCAUCCCAAUAUGUUGCAUCAAGUCUUUCCAUCAAUUGCUUGUUUUUACCAGAACAAACAAAAAAGGCCUGCUACCUAAUUUUAAUGCUGUUUCCGAUGUUGUAAUCAACGGUGUUAUUCAUUCUUGUUUCACUUAUUUAUUUUUCAUCAUUGGCCUGAUAAUCACAGCUUCUGGUCACCCACCUCCUGAUCUCAAGCGAUUUCCAUUUUACAAGAAAGCAAACCUUCAAUACUUUUUCUUCCUUCUUUGCUAUCAUGGUGGUGGUCAUAUUCUUCUUUCUACUAGUAUUUCUCCCUCCCACAACUUCUCUGUCGUUCAACUAUUCCAGCUUUGAGCCUGAUACUUAUGAAAUACGGUGUGAAGGUAAUGCUACGAUUGUAGACUCUGUCAUCCAACUCACACCAAACCAGGGUCAAACUACAGGCCAUGCCACACAUGUUGAACCUAUGCAUCUAUGGGACAAGGCUUCAGGCAGUCUCGCAGAUUUUACUACCCACUUCACCUUCUCCAUCAACGCCUUAAAUAAUGACAAGCACGGUGAUGGUCUCGCUCUCUUCAUUGCCCCACUCACUUACCAUAUGCCGGCGAUGAUAGGAGAUGGUGCUGGAAUUGGUCUUGCAAGUGCGGAUAAGAAAAUCAACUCAUCGGAUAAUCCAUUUGUGGCUGUGGAGUUUGAUACUUUUCACAACCUGUGGGAUCAAGAAAACGAUCAUGUAGGUAUUGACAUCAACUCUUUGAGGUCUAGUAGAAGUGUGACAUGGUAUAGUAGUCCAAUGGACGGAAAAUUAAUGGAAGCUAGGGUAACUUACAAUGGUACUGCAAAAAAUUUGGGAGUUCUCUUCACAGGAAUUAUUGAUAACGUGACAAUCCAACAGGAGCUUUAUUAUGAUGCUGAUUUGAGGGAUUACUUACCAGAAUGGGUUAGCGUUGGAUUCUCGGCUGCAACCGGAGCUGACUCUGAGUUUCAUACAAUUCACUCGUGGAAUCUCAGUUCAAAUUUGCAAAUCGAUACAACUUCUCCUUCACCAGUCCUACCCAUUAUUCCUCCAAAAUCUGAUAAAUGGCUCAUAGCAAAAAUCGUUAGUGCUGUUUUAUUUACUGUUUUUGUGGCUUUAGUAUUUCUGUGCAUUUGGAAGAAAAGGAAGACAAAAAAUAAAGACCAAAAAUCACUUACAGACCGUUCGAUGGACUAUGACUUUGAAAAGGGAAUUGGUGCUAAAAAGAUGGCAUAUUCAGAGUUGGUUGUGGCAACCAACAAUUUUACAGAGGAGCUUGGACGGGGAGGAUUCGGCGCUGUAUAUAAAGGAUAUUUGAGGGAUAUGGAUUCCUAUAUUGCAGUUAAGAGGGUAUCAAAAGACUCUAACCAAGGAGUAAAGGAAUACGCAUCUGAAGUUAAGAUCAUUAGCCAACUGAGACACAGAAAUUUGGUGAAACUCAUUGGCUGGUGCCAUGAAAACGGAGAGCUAUUGCUUGUUUAUGAGUUCAUACCAAAUGGUACUCUUGAAUCACAUCUUUUUGAUGAGCAGCACUUCUUACCAUGGGAGAAGAGAUACAAAAUCUCCAUAGACACAGCCUCUGCAAUACAGUACUUACACGAACAAUGUGAACCAUGUGUCCUACAUAGGGAUAUAAAAUCGAGCAACAUUAUGUUGGACUUGAAUCUAGAAGCUAAGCUCGGAGAUUUUGGGUUGGCUCGUCUUGUCGACCGUAAAAAAGGCUCAAAAACUACGGCGUGGGCAGGGACUUUUGGAUACCUGGAUCCUGAAUGUGUUACAACAGGUAAAGCCAGAAAAGAAUCAGACAUCUUUAGCUUGGGAGUUCUUGCUUUGGAGAUUGCUUGUGCAAGAAAACCCAUCGAGCAGCAGGCAGAUGGAAGAUGGGUUCACAUGGUAGAAUGGCUUUGGGAGUUCUACCAAAAUAGAAGGAUUCUCGAUGCUGCUGACAGUAAGUUACAAGGAAACUUCGAUGCACAACAAAUGGAACGGUUGAUGAUAGUUGGUCUCUGGUGUGCUCACCCAAACUCUGCCUCUAGACCGUCAAUAGCGAAAGCUCUUGCUUUUCUUAAUUUCGAUGCUCAAUUGCCUACUCUCCCCCUAACAAUGCCACAAUUGCAAUCUCCUCCUCCAAGGUCUAUACUUUCAGUCAUAUUCUCCUACGUUACUGCAACCUUCGGAAGAGGUCAAAGCAGAAAUACAGACCAUGAUCAAUCCACCCAGUUUGCAACCUCUUCAGCCUCACUUGUCCCAAACGCUUCUUGA